AUGAAGAUCGUACUCACCGGUGCCACCGGCCUUAUCGGAAGUGAGGUGCUGGAUCAGUGUAUCGCCCACAACUACAUUGAACGCAUAUUCGUCAUCACACGCAAACCGCUCGACCAGAAGUAUUAUGGAAAGGCUGCUAAAGGCAAAGUGACGGAGAUCAUCCACGACAACUUCGAAGAGUAUCCAGAAGCGCUGCUUCGGCGGUUACGGGACGAAGGUGUUGAAGGGUGCAUCUGGGCACUUGGUCGCAGAUAUGAGAACUUUAAGAGUAAGGAGGAGGCCGAGAAGGUGACGAUAACGUACCCUAUGAAAGCGGCUGAAGCUUUCGCAAAAGAGCUGGCUACCGCUCUGAGCCCACAACGCAUGCCAAAGGCCAAGUUUCCAUUCAGAUUUAUCUUCCUUUCAGUAUGGGGCGCCGAACAGGACCAGAAUCGUGGCUUGUGGGCGUGGAGCGAUUGGCGGAAGACAAAGGGUACGGUCACCUUGGUCAAAGCUGCUCUAAUGGUGACCGGGCUAACAGCAGAUCAUUACAGGUGCCGCCGAGAAAGCACUCUUCGACAUAGCAGAUGA